GGUCUCGUGAGCAUGCGUACAUGGUGUAAACAGGAAGAACCAGCAAAAAGUAGGUUAAAUUCACCAUAAGGAGAAGAAGAGCGGUCGGCGAAAAACGGACUGAUUGCGCGUAUAUUUUUCACGCAUUUAUUAAUAUCUCGCUAGCAUUUGUAUUCAGUAUAAACCGUAAAGCGAACUUUAACAAAAACAGCUUCGCUUAUAAGCUGGUCGACGAUUAACAUUCAUUGACGCGAUUUCUUUUCUUUCUCCGACACCGACCCGCUCGGUCGGAUUUGCCCGUUAAAUAUCCGCAAUUAGCAAAUUGCACUGAAUUUGUCGGGAUUUUGUGAGCGUAUCGAGGGAAAAAAAUCGCCGACGACGAUGGUGCAAAAAGAUAAGACUUUGGAGACUCCAACGCUGGAUGUUGAGCCGAGCCCCAGCCCAGUCUCUGGAGAGGCUUGUGUCGAGGCCCCGGGCCCAGUGGCGGACACCGACAUCGGAGUCGAAUCUACGGACCACAGAAAAUUCAUCAGUGGCGUCGUGGAAGGCUUUUAUGGGCGCCCAUGGACAAUGGAACAGAGGAAAGAGUUAUUCAGAAGGCAACAAAAAUGGGGUCUGAACACAUACCUUUAUGCUCCCAAAGAUGACUACAAACACAGAAUGUUCUGGAGAGAACUUUAUUCAGUGGAAGAAGCAGAGCAACUUAUGACUUUAAUUGCCGCUGCCAAGGAGCAUGGAAUAGAGUUUAUUUAUGCCAUUUCACCUGGAUUAGACAUAACUUUCUCUAAUCAGAAAGAAGUUUCUGCACUCAAGAGGAAACUUGAUCAGGUUACUCAUUUUGGCUGCAAGUCAUUUGCCUUACUUUUUGACGAUAUUGACCACAACAUGUGCCCUGCGGACAAAGAGGUAUUCAGCUCUUUUGCGCACGCUCAGGUUUCCAUUACCAAUGAAAUCUACCAGUACCUGGGAGAGCCAGAAACCUUUCUCUUUUGCCCCACAGAGUACUGUGGUACUUUCUGCUACCCAAAUGUCUCACAGUCCCCCUACCUCCGAACAGUUGGAGAGAAACUGUUACCGGACAUUGAUGUGUUGUGGACAGGCCCCAAAGUCGUGUCUAAAGAAAUCUCAGUGGAGUCCAUUGAGGAAGUUUCAAAAAUCCUAAGAAGGUCCCCAGUAAUCUGGGACAAUUUUCAUGCCAACGAUUAUGACCAGAAAAGGCUUUUCUUGGGGCCGUACAAGGGCCGCUCUACGGAGCUAAUCCCAAGACUAAAGGGAGUCCUCACCAAUCCCAACUGCGAGUUUGAAACAAAUUUUAUAGCAAUCCACACUUUGGCUACUUGGUACAAGUCUAACAUGAAUGGGGUUKGAAAGGAUGUGGUCAUGACUGAUGGUGAAGAAAGCACCGUCUCCAUCCAAAUCAAGCUUGAGAAUGAAGGCAGCGAUGAGGAGCUGGAGACCGACAUGCUCUACAGCCCACAGCUCGCUCUAAAACUGGCUCUGACCGAGUGGCUCAGAGAAUUUGGUGUGUCGCAUCAAUACAACAGCCGACAGGUGCCUCAGAGCGGCUCUAAAAGCACGCUCAUCGACGUGUCAUCGAUGGCAGCUCCGACCCUUUGCUCCUCCACAUCAGUCACAACUGUGUUCCAGCAACCCAUUAUGUCUCCAUUAAUGCCCGCCCUCUGCCUGGAUCCACUGCCACACCCUAUGGCAAAAACAGAGGAGGUAGAGGAGGUGGAUGUGGAAAAGAAGGAUUCAGAUGAAGAACCCAUGGAGAUGGUUGUGGAGAAGCAGGACGACCCAGAAACAGAGGCUGAUCCCGAGGAGAAAACUAUUGCUCCCAUUUUACCUGAAAAGAUGGCUGAAGACCUGAGACCUAUGGAUACGGACAAGGAAAGUCUGGCAGAGUCCAAGUCCUCAGAAGAGUCGAUUCAGGAGGACUCUGGUAGUGAUAUUGCACCAAUGCAGACGGAUGAUCAGCUCAAACAGGAUGUGUUUGUGCCUGGUCCCGAUGAGAAGCCCCUGUUUACAGUAGAGCCUCCUUUGCUUGAGGACCUGUGCUUACUCGCAGAGCUCUUUUAUCUGCCUUAUGAACAUGGACCCAAGGCAAUGCAGAUGUUGAAGGAGUUUAACUGGCUCAGAGCUAACAGCAGCGUCGUUAGUGUCAACUGCAAGAGAAAAGACAACGAAAAGGUUGCAGAAUGGCAGCUGCGGGCCGAGAAGUUUGAAGAGAUGUGCUGCUCCGUCAUCCACAUGUUCACACGACUGUCUAACACCGCCAACCGCACCAUUCUGUAUGACCUCUACCCUUACAUUUGGGACAUCAAGAGCAUCAUUUCUAUGGUCAAGUCAUUUGUUCAGUGGUUAGAUGGAAGAAUCCACAGUACAAGUUUCUACUGCUACUGGAUCGACAGUGGCCGAUGGUGUCGUAGUCAGUCCUCAGCACAAUUCCUUAAAGGAGACCAAGAGCCCUGGGCCUUUAGGGGAGGUCUAGCAGGAGAGUUCCAGAGGUUGUUGCCAAUAGAAGGGGCAAACGAUCUUUUCUACCAACCUCCACCUUCUUUGCCGACCUCCAAAAUCUAUACGAUAAGGCCAUACUACCCCAAAGAUGAGACUGCAGUGUAUAAGAUCUGUAAAGAAAUGUACUGUGAAGGAAUGGAAGCUGUUCCGUUCUCUGAGGACGACGCUGACCUGAUAGGAGACAGGUUAGUCGGAGGUCUCCUGUCACUGAGUUCAGACUACGGUUUUGUGCUGGAGGAUGACGAGGGGAUCUGCGGCUACGCUCUUGGCACUGUAGAUGUGAAACCCUUCAUCAAGAAGUGCAAGUUGAGCUGGAUUCCUCACAUGCAGGAGAAAUACCACAAACCUGACUGUGAAAAGGAUCUCACUGAAGCUGAAAAGAUGAUUCUGAGUUUCCAUGAAGAGGAGGAUGGUCUUCCAGACUCCUUCUUGUCCAACUUUCCCUCACUCAUCAAGGUUGACAUUCACGCCAAAGUAACAGAUCCCAGUGUGGCCAAGAGCAUGAUGGGAUGUCUGUUAUCUUCUAUUAAGGCCAAUGGCUCCCAUGGUGCAUUCUGCAAGGUUCGUCAGACUGAUAAGCGAAUGUUGGACUUCUAUAGUAAACUUGGGUGCUUUGAAGUGGCCAAAAUGGAAGGCUUUCCCAAAGAUGUCAUCAUUAUGGGACGCAGCCUUUGAAGAAACAUGCUGAUAGAAUAGUAGACAGAAAAAGACCAGGUCUAAACAGUUGAAACAAUAUUUGUUACCUUCAUGAGAAAAAACUUUUGUGAUGAUUUUAUAACACAUUACCAUUUAGACUCGCCUUUGAAGGACCUUGUUUUUACAGUUUGUGUCAACAAGCACAGCAGUCGGACACAGAUUACCUGUGGCUGCCCUUUGAUGUUAUCGCUCAGUUGGGUUUGGCAGAUCCUGAGCUGAAAGAUCCAAAGAGUUAUCUGCAAGUGCUCCAAUCAGUAACAUACGAGUGCAGUGCCUCAGCACUGAUUCCUCCGGUCCCACUACACAAGUACCUCCUGGUGGAAGGAAGAGGUGCCUCCAUAAACCUUUUUCUGAUUAGAUCAAGUAUCCACUACAUGGAAAUGAUCCCAUACUCUAACACACAGUGUCAGUGUCUGAAUGGCAGCAGAAUUGUGAAAUGAGAGUCCCUUAUCUUAGGUGUAAUCCUCAAAUUCUGCCGUUUUGUUUUUGACAAAGUGAAAUGACACCAAUGUUAACACAACAGGAUAUUUGCCUUUCAGUGCGAUGUGGCUAAAUGMUUUUUUUUUUUUUUUUMUGUGUGUGUUCUGAAUUACACUUUAGAGAUGAAGACCUUUUAAAAUGGUGCAUCCAGAAAUGUGAAUUCUGAGUCUGCGCUUGAAGGGUGGACAGUUGWAGCCCGUGAUGCUUUGCAAUAUUAUACAGAACAUCACAGCAGUCCACCAAGUAAACAAGUUAACCUGAAACUCCUGAAGUUCUGUUGAUGUAGUACAAAUUUAAACAGCAACCAAAACACUUUUACAACUUUAAACGGUUUUCAAAUUGCUUAUUUUCCUUCCAUAUACUGCCUUUUGGUUUAUUGGUUUUGAAUUUUAAGCAAUUGCUUUUUUUUUCUUUCUUUCCCUGUAUCUAAUGUGUUAACAGUUGUCAGCUGGUUGCAACAAACAAGGAGUGAUUUUUGUAUAUUGUGCUUUGUUUGUCAAGCUCCAGAAAUACAGCUGACUACAAAGUUCAUGUAAAGUUUAUGUAUAAUUACACAUUUACUAAUUGAUAUUGAAGUUUUGUCUUUCACAAACUUUUUUUUUUGUUGAAUAGUUAAAAUGUCAAGUUUGCUUUGUUCCUUUUUUAAGAAUAAACGUUAAAAUCAACACCUACCUAGCUGGACCAAAAUUUCAGUUCUGCUAUAUGAUUCAGUAUUAUUUAUAAGGGCAAACACUAGGUAGGCCUAAAAUUCUAAGUUUCRUUUAUCAAGAAAUUUGUCAGUCACCCAUCUUUAUUUUUCAUCAUCUUAUAAAAGUUAAAGUAUUCUCAGUUUGAGCGUUCUUCAGGUUAAUUUGGUGGUUAAAUACUGAAGAUAAUUCCACACUGGUCAUCUGCAACUUAAAAGGUUUUUAGCUGUUUUUUUUUUUUAAUCUUUUUGUCUAUUUAGAUGUUUUCUACUUCAAAUCAUUUUCUAUUUGUUUUUGUAAAUCAAUAGUUUAUUUGAAGAAGCACUGUGUCUACUUAAUAGAAGUGUCCUGUUGGUUACAUGUGGAUGGAAGUUGCUUUCUGUAGCUGUCGGUGUGAUAUUUCAAAACUGUACAUUCGUGAAGUGCAUGAGGUGUAAUGGAUUUCCUGUGGUGGACAUUUGUGGGGGGAAAAAACUCAUCUGAUGCCACAUCGAGGAAGAAGCAUGCCACUUACAGCUUAAAGCAUAAUAGUGUUGUGCUUCAACAUUCUGUAAACGUAGUCAGACGYGUUGUUAUUUUGUAUAUAAUUUUCUGUUUUGCUCAAAGUUAAAUAGGAAGCUGACUUUCAUACAGCCUCUUUAAAGCUGUCCUACAUGUCAGCAUGGAGUGAAAUUCAUCAACAUCUCUCUGUCAUAUAAAACAAACAUUUAGUUUCCUUUUUAAAGUGGUGCAUUUUGUAGUUUGCUCCUGUUUGAGCUUUUUCCAGCUGGAUUUGAGAAAAGUGUUUUGGGAAAGGGCUCCACGCGAGCUGAUAGUUGAGAUGUGAGUAACCGCUUGUCUUUGUAAAAUUUCUAUGUAAAAUAUGUAAUAAAAACUAAUAAAUCAUUAAGUUGCUG